CACCCGCCCCUCUCCAGGUCCGGUCCGACCCCAUCCCAGAGCCUAACCUUACCCCGCGGGGCAGGAAACUAGCGUUUAUUCUCCGAGGCUGGAUGAAGAGGGGGUCAACAUUUCUGUCACUGCCUGAAGCUCUUCUGAUCCCGAGAGCUGGAGCCCCGGUCACUUCCGCUCCCGGCGACCUCCAGGCCGGAAGCGGAAGUGCGCGGUGGCCGCGGACCGCGGCGGGUGUGCAGGUCCGCGCGGCGAUUUGCGGUGGGAGUGUCUCCGGCCGAUCUGCAGGGAGAACGCCUAAUGAGACCUUAAAUCCUGGCGCUGGUGUCAUGGAGUCACUCACCUUCGAGGAUGUGGCGGUGGGGCUCAUCCAGGAGUGGGCAUUGCUGGACGGUGCGCGGAGGAACCUGUGCCAAUUCGUGAUCCUGGACAAAUGUAGGAUCCUGGCCCCCAGGGACUGGGAAUCUCAACUUAAAUCCAAAGCAUCUACGCCUGUGCAGGCUAUUUUGGAGGAAAAUUCAUCCCAUGAGAUGCAGAUGGUGGAGAAUGUCCUCCAGUAGCUGCUUGGGAAAGAGCGUGUUGCUCCGGAGGCCCUGAGGUCUGAAAAUACCUCAUUGGAGCUGCUGGAUUGCGGGGCCUCACCUGGCAGAUCGUUGCGGGAACCCCAUGCAGAGCAU